AAACACUGCAUCACAAUCGUCAUUUGCACCAAGAGUCCAAGAGCCUCUCCAUCCAUGCACUGUCCCAAUCUUCGAACCACCUUGUUGGACAAAGGUCGUGCAUUGACUCUCCAUCUUCUGUUUUGACACCUUCGAAUGUAAUAAUAGCCUUCGUUAUCUGGCGGCAUCAUGCUGCUCCAUGAUCGCAGUCCCGAUACUUCUCCAUUCAAUGGACCUUCUCAACGACACCAUUCCUUCAGCAGAUCGUACAAUUCCGACAUGUCGUUAGCAACGCCGAUAUCACCUUCCAACUUCCCGAAGUCUUUGUUGUUUGCCUCACCAAGUUCUGCGCCUCCUUCCAGACACGAGCGCCAACAGUCGUACUCACCGUCAACGUCCUUUUCCUCCAUACCAAAUCAUGUACGAACACAGUCACUUCAGCGACAGUCAAGUACUUCAAGUACAUUUGCGCCCAAGUUCAUCAAGUCGGAAGAGAUGCGCAAGAGUGAGGACAGAAUUUCGGCCAUUGAAGGGGAGAAUGACUUUUCAGGCAAGAGAUAUGUUUGGGUUAAGGAUCCAGAAAAGGCCUUUGUUCGGGGUUGGAUAGUAGAAGACGUCUCGGCAAACAAAGUGUUAGUCCAAUUCGAGGAUGGUUCACAGAUUGAAACCGACGUCGACGAGGUGGAUAAGGUCAACCCAGCCAAGUUUGACAAGGCCGAUGACAUGGCAGAACUGACGCACCUUAAUGAGGCUUCAGUCAUUCACAACCUCCAAACACGUUACCAGGCCGACUUGAUCUACACGUAUUCCGGUCUGUUCUUGGUCACCAUCAAUCCUUACUGUCCGCUACCGAUUUAUGGCAACGACUACAUAAGAAUGUACAAAGGACAAGCACGUGAGGACACAAGACCACACAUAUUCGCCGUGUCUGAUGCUGCUUUCAGACGACUAGUGGAAGAAGGGGAAAACCAGAGCAUCCUAGUAACAGGAGAGUCUGGCGCGGGCAAAACAGAAAACACGAAAAAGGUCAUCCAAUAUCUUGCCGCCGUGGCAACCUCUGAUCUCGACACUCCAAUAACAGGACGGACUCCUGGUAAGCAUUUGUCAAACCUCUCACAACAGAUCCUUCGAGCGAAUCCUAUUCUCGAAUCCUUCGGUAAUGCUCAAACCGUCCGAAACAACAACUCGUCCAGGUUUGGCAAAUUUAUUCGAAUCCAGUUUACCAGAUCCGGCCAAAUUGCGGGAGCCUUUAUUGACUGGUACCUGCUCGAAAAGUCACGCGUCGUCAGAGUCAGUCAACAAGAGCGAAGCUACCACAUCUUCUACCAACUUCUAGCUGGAGCAGACCAGCGGAUGAGAGACUCGUUACUGAUCUCUGGGAUGGACGUGGAAAACUUUGCAUACAUAAGAGCUGGAAAUGAUACAAUCAGUGGUGUUUCCGAUCGUGAUGAAUGGAACACUUUGAUUGAAGCAUUCCACAUUAUGAACUUUUCGGAGAAAGAGCAGCUGGCUGUCUUCCGGACGAUCGCCGCAAUACUACAUCUUGGAAAUGUCGCGGUUCGGCAAGAAAGCAGGGCGGGAGACCAGGCUUCACUGACUCCGGAAGCUCGUGCAUCAGUGGACAAGGCAUGUCAACUCUUGGGCGUGCAGACAGACCCAUUCAUCAAAGGACUUCUUCACCCCAAGGUCAAAGCAGGGCGCGAAUGGGUUGAGAAGGUGCAGACUCCAGAACAAGUCCGACUGGCACUAGACGCUCUUUCCAAAGGCAUCUAUGAGCGAGGAUUUGGAGAUCUCGUGAACAAAAUCAACACACAACUCGACCGUGGAGGUGUCAGUAGCGAUGACAGUCACUUUAUCGGAGUACUCGAUAUUGCCGGCUUUGAAAUCUUUGAAACGAACAGCUUUGAACAACUCUGCAUCAACUACACCAACGAGAAGUUGCAACAGUUUUUCAACCACUACAUGUUUGUGCUGGAACAAGAAGAAUAUGCUCGGGAACAGAUCGAGUGGCAGUUUAUUGACUUUGGAAAAGAUCUGCAACCUACUAUCGACCUGAUCGAGCUACCGAAUCCAAUAGGUAUCUUCUCAUGCUUGGAUGAGGACUCGGUCAUGCCAAAGGCGACCGACAAAUCAUUCACAGACAAGCUGCACUCGCUAUGGGAGAAGAAGACUCCGAAAUACUCGCCAGCACGAACAAGACAAGGUUUCCUGUUGACACACUAUGCGGCAGAAGUCGAAUAUUCCACCGAAGGCUGGCUCGAGAAGAACAAAGAUCCUCUGAACGACAACCUCACCCGCUUACUUGCUGCCUCUAAAGACGUCCACAUCGCGAACCUUUUCAGUGACUGUGUAGAGGAAGUGGAAGAGCCAUAUAGCCCUCGCAGCCGUGUCAAGAAGGGGUUGUUCAGAACCGUGGCUCAACGACACAAAGAGCAACUGAGCAGUUUGAUGAGACAACUACACUCGACACAGCCGCACUUUGUUCGUUGCAUCUUGCCUAACCACAAGAAGAAGCCCAAGCAGUUCAACGCACCUCUGGUACUGGAUCAACUACGUUGCAACGGUGUGUUGGAAGGCAUUCGUAUAGCACGUACAGGCUUUCCCAACCGUCUUACGUUUGCUGAGUUCAGAUCAAGAUAUGAGGUAUUGUGCGAAAACAUGCCAAAAGGCUAUCUCGGCGGUCAAGAAGCUGCUAAGAUCAUGCUUGAUCGAUUGAAGAUGGACAGGGCUAAUUAUCGUGUCGGUAUCACAAAGGUGUUUUUCAGAGCAGGUGUACUGGCCGACUUGGAAGAACAGAGAGAUGGUCUAAUUCGCGAAAUCAUGUCAAAGUUCCAGUCUGUUGCCCGAGGCUUCAUGCAGCGACGCGUGGCCUUCAAGCAACUGUACCGGGCGGAAGCGACCAGAGUCAUUCAACGAAACCUCAAUGUCUACCUCGAUCUGCAGUCAAACCCAUGGUGGCGACUGUUCGUACGCAUGAAACCUCUGCUGGGAGCAACGCGGACCAACAAUGAGGUCAAGAGGCGGGAUGAGAGGAUCGAACAAUUGAACGAUAAGAUGAAGCAAGAGGCGAAUGAGCGUCACCGACUGGAAGAUGAGCGACGGCGAGCUGAGCUUGAUGCUCAACGCAUCCAGCAGACUUUGGAAUCCGAGCGAGCAUUGGCCCUUGACAAAGAAGAAAUCUUCAAGAGGUUGCAAUAUCGUGAAAGUGAACUGACCGAGAAGCUAUCUGAAGCCAUCACCGAGCAAGAAACACUUGAAGAUCAGCUUGAUGCAGCACUGGACUCCAAGAAGAAGACCGACGAGGAAUUGACUACUCGACGCGAACAGGUGCUCCAGGCCGGACAAAUCAUAACACGAUUGGAAGCGGAGAAGAAAGAGCUUCAGCGACAAGUCGAGAAUCUGGAAGGCGAGCUGGAAAAUGUUGAGAAGACGCAUUCCCGCAACGACGAUAGGCUGGAAAACAUUAGCCAGGAGCUCCGCAAUCUCAAGAACCAGCUAGGCGCGAAGGACAGAAAGAUAUCUGAGCUUGAGACGAGUCUUCUGCACGCCGAACGGGAAAAGAGUCAACUGGGUGCGAAGGAUAGGAAGAUAUCCGAGCUCGAAUUGAGUCUACAACAAAUUCAACAUGCCGAACGGGAUAGGGAAACCAAAGCUGCGAACUUGGAGCAAGAGCUGCGGUCCCUGAGGAGUCAAGUGUCACAACGAGAGAGAACGACAGAAGACCUGGAGAAGAAGUUACAGAGAGCCGAAUCACUUCGCGUGGAGGACAACAAGCGAAAGACCGAGGACUACGAAUCCCAGAUCCGCGCUUUGAGGAGUGAACUGAGUGGAAAGGACCGUAAGAUGCAAGAUCUGGAAAGCACCUUGUCCAAGAUCGACAAGGGCGCCGAAACCAAACUGGCCAACUCACUUGAUCAACUGGCAAAUGCGAAGAAAUUACUGCGAGAAGUGCAAGGUCAGAACGACGAACUUCGUCAGCAAGUCACUUCCAUGUCGACGGCGUCCUCGAAACAUGAAGAAGCGCUGCGUCGCAAAGAAGACGAACUGUCCGCUUUGUUGGCUGACAUGCAAAAGCAUGAGCGAGAGAUGUCGGCUAUGCAGAAGGAGAUUGACGGUCUUUCUGGACGCCAUGAUAAUAUGCAGGCUAAGCACCGCGAAUUGCAGGGUGAUGUGGAAAGCAUGAGGGCGCAAAAGGCCAAGAUGGAGAGAGAAGCGGCGGAAGUGAUGCGGCAUUUUGAGCAGCGGGUCAUGCCUUUCUUCAAGCAGAAUUUCUCGUGAGUUUUGAGCAGUCGGGGUCUGUGUCUGUGUGUGUAUAUGCCUAUCAGGGUCAUGAUGAGAAGAAUAGCGAUUGGAUUUGCAAAGUCCUUUUGAGCGAAUUGUUGGAGUCGGACCGCGUUGUUGCUUGGGGCGGUUGUACGUAUUAAUGCAUCCUCAGGUCAGGUUUAGGGUUGGGUGUGAGUACAGUUACCAAUGGAG